AUGCCGGACUGCGAUCGUUCGCCGGUCUUCGAUCAGCUGCGGCUCAACUCAGCUUCUCGUUUCUUCUGGCUAAGAGUUUUGCUCACUGCACAAAAGAGCUCGUUUGUUCCUAGCGAGGACACCACUCUCGUUGACGAUUGUGGAAGAAGCUUUGCAGAGUUCACGCAACAAUCGCCGGCGGACUCUAACUGCUCUUCGACGCUUGCGCCACCGCUCACAUCACCGAUUGGAAAUCCUGCUAUAGGCAAUCGUCUUAACCCGCUCGCUCCGCCCGGAUUUGGAUACCCGCGAGGGCCGCUGCCGUACGACUUGAACCCGCAGUACAUGGGAGGAGCGAGGAAGACCGGUGGACGACGACCCAAGGAAUUCGAAAUGGGACCGGAGAUUGAAGAUCAAGAAGAGUUGGACAAGAAGCUAAAGAGGCGUCAAAGGAAUAAGGAAGCCGCUGCACGAUGCCGUCAACGACGUCUCGAUUUGAUGACAAACCUCCAAGAACAAGUUGACAAGUUCAAAGCUGAAAAUGAGAAAAAGGAGUUAGAAAUUCGCGCUAUGAAAACGCAGAUGGCGCAGAUGGAAAGCUUUUUACGCUCGCACGAUUGCAAAAUGAGUGUUGAAGAGAGGGAAUCGUUACUAAACAUGCCGGUCAGAACAACGAUGCCUCCCAUUAUGAAUGGAAUCAGCACAACUCAGCAACACCCCGUUUCUGAUUACCGGCCAAAUAUUGAGGUGAACCGGAAACGGGUUUUGCCGGCCCCACAAUUGCCUGCCCAUUCCGAUGCCAAUUUCCUUGAACCUGAUAUUAAGUGCCCGAAAAUAGAGAAAGACGUCUCAUUGGCUGAUCUGAAUGGGGACCCAACGAUAACCCGUCCUAAUCAUAUCAAUUUCGAGGGCAUUGGUCUCGGAAACAACCAUGCACCUCUUUCAACUCCCUCGAAUAUCACUUACACCAGUAGCGUUCCGUAUACGACGCCUAAUAACUACACUCCCGGAUUCCCCGGAUUAAACAACGAUUUUCUGAAUGACAGCACUGGGCUGACGCCGUGCACCACACAAAAUCCGAUCUUUGUCAGCACUCCAACUCCACUCCAGACAUCGGAGGCCGAUUUGCGGGCGUUGUGAACUAAAUUUUUCCUACGCUUGAUAGUCUUCUCCAUGCUUUGCUGUAUAGUGUAUUCUUUACAUUUCCUUUCCACUAUCUCAAUUGUUUCACUAUCUUGCGUUGGUAAUAUCGUAGAAGUGUCAGUUUUAGCUACCAAGCCGAGUGAACUCGUCCACUUUUUAUCUUUUCAUCAACCUUGUGAUCCUUGCAAAAUCACUAACACCGAAUCAAGAAGCAGCAUAUCAUUGUGCGUAGUUCCGAGCCUAGCGCCUCUCAUGAUUCUGUAAGAGUCUCUCUCUCUCAUUCACCCGUGCCCCGCCUUGCACCAUCAUUCCCCGUUCGUUCCCCUUUGAUGUGAUGACGAUGAUGAUCGCCGCCCCGCGUAUGUCUGUAGUCCGAUCUAAUCGAUUUAUCGAUUUAUAUCUCUUACCACUGGUACCCCAAGUGACUUAUCUUCUUGUUAGAAGUUCGUUCAGUUCUUAUUUUUACAUGUACGUACAUUUCUAUUUGCAUGUGUGUUUUUUUCCGUUGUUCGCUUUUUUCCGUGAUAUUUACCUUACAUUUGUUGCGCUUGAAAUGUCAUAUGAGUCACAUCUUGCGUCGAUUUUCAUAUCGAUUUCUUGACCGAUCAGUAACGCUUGCGUUCGAUUUG